CCAGCCGAGCAGCGCAACUCGUCGAACGUUUGACCAGCACCGGUGAAAACGACGUCGAUUGCAAGUUGUUCGACGAAAUUGAAAACAUCUGCAAGUAAGUGUCAAAAUCUUAAGUCGAAAACGCUCAAAAAUAUAACUCGUACAAUAAUAAUAUCGUCUACUACUAUUAUUACUGCCGACCACCACCACUACUACUAGCACCACCACCAUCCAUAACGACAUUAUAUUAYUCUUGUAACUCYAACGAAUAAUCUUCGGUAACACGCUGGAAACCUUAAAYGUUGUUUCGUAGUAUUAUUCUAUAAAAACGUACAUGUCACUAUGCUGCACCGUCAAUCCAAUCCUGAGCGUCACCCUGUUUAGCAGCUAUUGUAAAUAGUCAUAAUCGUUUGAUAACUGAUAUUAAAUUAGUACAUUAAAAUAUUACCUGAUAUACCUAUUAAAACAAUUAUGGAUAAGAAUAAUGGUGAAUCAGACUCUGCSGCCCGAGGCAAUCUUAGACAGCCAACCAGGGUGUUUAAGAAGAGCUCACCGAAUGGUAAAAUAACUGUUUACUUGGGCAAGAGGGAUUUCGUUGACCACAUCACCAAUGUCGACCCUAUCGAUGGUGUAGUAUUGGUCGAUCCUGAUUACGUCAAAGGAAGAAAGGUGUUUGGUCAUGUUUUAGCUGCUUUCCGAUAUGGUCGUGAAGACUUGGAUGUACUGGGCUUGACUUUUCGAAAAGAUCUCUACAUAGCCUCUGAUCAAAUAUAUCCUGUUGGAAAUAUACGUACUCCGACUAGGCUACAAGAACGUUUGAUCAAGAAACUUGGYCCAAAUGCCAUACCAUUUUAUUUUGAAUUGCCUCCACAUUGCCCAGCAUCUGUUACGCUGCAACCAGCUGCGGGUGAUACAGGAAAACCGUGUGGAGUAGACUAUGAGUUCAAAGCGUUUGUUGGCGAUACGGCCGAAGACAAACCUCACAAGAGAAAUUCAAUAAGGCUGGCCAUUAGAAAAAUUAUGUAUGCACCAAAAAAAGAGGAAGUGCAACCAUCUGUUGAAGUGUACAAAGAAUUUGUUAUGAGCCCAAACAAGUUAUACUUAGAAGCAUCCUUGGACAAAGAGCUUUACUACCAUGGGGAAAGUAUAUCAGUAAAUGUCCACAUAGCAAACAAUUCUAACCGAACUGUAAAAAAAGUAAAAGUGUUUGUAAGACAAUUUGCCGAUAUAUGUCUAUUUUCAACUGCCCAAUAUAAAUGUACUGUUGCUGAGCUAGAGAGUGAAGAUGGUUGCCCUGUUGGUCCUGGUUUCACUUUGUCUAAAGUAUACACAGUAAAACCUACUUUGCAUAACAACAAAGAUAAACGUGGCUUAGCUUUGGAUGGUCAGUUAAAGCAUGAAGAUACAAACCUUGCUUCUUCAACAAUAGUGAGCAAUCCUUCACAAAAAGAAAACCUAGGAAUUAUUGUUCAAUACAAAGUGAAGGUAAAACUAUGCCUGGGUGCUUUAGCAGGAGAAUUGACAGCUGAACUUCCAUUUAUUUUAAUGCACCCCAAGCCUGAAGAGGAAGUGCUUCCAAUAACCAAUAAUCUUGCAAUAUGUGGUACAGCGGUUGAUGAUAAUGGUGUACGCGUAGAUAAUUUGAUUGAAUUAGAUGAAGAUGGCCCUGCACCAUCUCAUGAUGAAGAUAUAAUUUUUGAAGAUUUUGCUCGUUUACGACUAAAAGCUGGUAAUGAUUAGUUGGAAUUACCAUGUAAAUCUGGAUGAAUUCAUGAAUUAUUUCAUUAUUCAGUCUUGAGAAUAGGUUAAUAAUACAUCUACUGAAAGUUUCUGUCAAAUGGAAUCACAGUGGGUCUAYMUAAAUUGUAUAGACCAAUGGAAAUCAUGAAAAUUCCUAAAWUUGAUAGAAAUUGAUUUAUCUGAAAAUUGUUAAAAGGAUACAAUGCAAUUAUAAAAAUUGUUUAAUUGUAUGUGCAAUACUGUUAACAUUGAUCUAAUUAUCUAGAGCCCAAGGGUUGGGCUAAGAUUUAUCAUUGAAUUCAAUUUAUAAAUUUUUUAAUGUCAAGUAUUCAAUACUCUAAUAGACUUUAAUAUUAUUUUUGUAGCUUUAUUAAAUAUUACCAAAUUACAUAAAAAUKCACUACUAAUUUAAUAUUAUA